AUGAUCCCGAUUCUCCAAGACGAUUGCGACGAGUGCAUGCCGGACUAUGCCCUGCACCGGAAUUCGAUGACUGUGGCCAUCUCGGCACUUCCCUUCAUCCUCACCUUCCUGAUCGUCGCCUUUGUGGUGUCGCAGAAGCUGUUUCCCAUAUUGUCUGGCAAUGCGGAUCGCAAAGCGCAUCAUGACGGCGCGCGACUACCUGCAUCGACACAGCGCGAAAGGACCACAAUCCUAAACAACCUACGUCCGAAUGCACGAUCGCUCGCAAGCAUCAUCUUCUCGACCAACUUCGCUCUCUCCGCUGUACUGGCCGAACUCAUCCUAUGCGAGAUCUCCAAUACCGUAAACCGCGCCACACGGACACUAGCCCUCAAGAUCACGCUACCCUCUUUGCUCUUCCUCCUUGUCGUCGCAACACCGGCUUUUGAAAUCCACUCGAUUAUAUCAGGAACUGGUCUGAACAUCAACGGAGAGCAGAAGAGUCGACGUAGAGCAGCAUGGGUAUUGGAACUCUGUGGGCUGGCAGUAUGGUUGGCAGGGUUCUGGUAUCUUGGACGAGGGCUACUGGGCUCGUACCUGCAUGAGGAGUCGUACGAGCACGAUCAUACGUUUAGCGAAGGCUGUCUGGAGAGGAUAGGCAUUAUCGGCAUCAGUUUGAUGGCUUCACUAGCCGGAUUUGCAGCUAUAUCUGCCCUCUGGCACACGUUCGGCGUCAAAUACCGCCCAGUCACCGAGUCAGAUAUCGGUCGAAAGCAAGCCGGUAUACAAGCUACGAACGACAUGCUCCUAGCGAAGGAGAGCCGACUUCGUGCGCUCGAACGAAAACUUGCGGAUAAUCCUCAACAAGGCUUCAUGGGGCGCGUAGUAGGAUCGAUUCGAGGAAACCCCGACGUUCAAGAGCGGAAUACUCUGCAACUCGAGAUUCAGGGUCUCGAAACUAUGCGUCACACACUUCAGAACUCCCUGACAGUUCUUCAAAACCGACGACAAAAUCAACUGCGCUCACAUACUGCCAACGGGAAGCUGUUCAACAUAGUCUCGUACAUUUUCGCCAUGUAUUGCGCGUAUCGUAUCAUCGCGACCACUGUCACCACUCUACGUCGCUUCUCGUCUCCCAAUGCGAGCUUCGCAAGUAACGAUCCUAUUAACAAUGUGCUCGCGUUACUGGCAAAGCAUUGGGACCCAACUAUUGACCGAGUCGCCUGGAGUCGCACUAUUUCCUUCCUCCUCUCUGGCGUGAUGCUGCUAUUGUCAUUCAACAGCGUUCUUCAGACAUUCUAUCUCUUCGCCAGAGUAGUUCCCGGUCUUCUACACCAUGCUAGAACAAAUUUCGCUCUCAUCAUCUCGCAGAUAACAGCGACAUAUGUGAUCAGCUCGGCAUUACUGCUUAGGAGCAACUUGCCGCCUGAAAUGAAGAGCAAGAUUGGCGAUGCAUUGGGAGCACCAUUAGAACCAGGCUUCACGGAGAGAUGGUUCGAGGGCUGGUUUUUGACUGCUAGCGCAGCUACAAUGCUGGGUCUUUGGUUGGGUAAAAGGCUGAAGGGAGGAGAAUGGGAUGAUGACGGUGAUGGUGGCGACGCUGAUAUAGAGAUGGGGAAGAAUGCUUGA